GCUCACCUCCCGCCUGGUGGCGGACCCGUGGUCAUGCAGACCCAGCAGCCAGCAGCGCCGAGUACGUGUCCCCGCAAACCCUCCCGGAGCCUCUCUGGUUCACUUUGUGCCCUGUUUUCUGAUGCAGACUCGGGAUCUGGGAUGAAGGCGGAGCUUGUUCCUCGGCCUGGGGCAGGGGGGAGGGAGAUGACCCAAGAAGAAAAGCUGCAGCUUCGGAAGGAAAAGAAACAGCAGAAGAAGAAACGAAAGGAGGAAAAGGGGGCAGAACCAGAAACUGGCUCUGCUGUAUCUGCAGCCCAAUGUCAAGGCCCGACCAAAGACCUGCCUGGACUGGACAGUCAGUUGGGCAGUGCCAAGGAGAAAGUUCCAGCAGGUCGGAGUAAGGCUGAACUUCGAGCUGAAAGGCGGGCCAAGCAGGAGGCUGAGCGGGCCCUGAAGCAGGCAAGAAAAGGGGACCAAGGAGGGCCACCUCCUCAGGCCUGCCCCAGCACAGCUGGAGAAACCCCCUCAGGAGUGAAGCGUCUACCCGAGCAUAGUCAGGUUGAUGACCCCACGCUUCUGAGGAGGCUUGUUAAAAAACCAGAACGACAGCAGGUUCCUACACGAAAGGAUUAUGGAUCCAAAGUCAGUCUCUUCUCCCACCUACCCCAGUACAGCAGACAAAACUCUCUGACCCAGUUUAUGAGCAUCCCAUCCUCUGUGAUCCACCCAGCCAUGGUGCGACUCGGCCUGCAGUACUCCCAGGGCCUCGUCAGUGGCUCCAAUGCCCGGUGCAUUGCCUUGCUUCGUGCCUUGCAGCAGGUGAUUCAGGAUUACACCACACCUCCCAGUGAAGAACUGUCAAGGGACCUAGUGAAUAAACUAAAGCCCUACUUCAGCUUCCUGACUCAGUGCCGUCCCCUGUCAGCGAGCAUGUACAACGCCAUCAAGUUCCUUAACAAGGAGAUCACGGGUGUGAGCAGCUCCAAGCGGGAAGAGGAGGCCAAGUCAGAACUUCGAGCAGCCAUUGAUCUAUAUGUGCAAGAGAAGAUUGUGCUUGCAGCUGAGGCAAUCUCACGCUUUGCUUAUGAGAAGAUCAGUAAUGGAGAUGUAAUCCUGGUAUAUGGAUGCUCAUCUCUGGUAUCACGAAUUCUUCAGGAGGCUUGGGCUAAGGGCCGGCGGUUUCGGGUGGUAGUGGUGGACAGCCGGCCACGGCUGGAGGGAAAGCACACACUACGUUUUCUGGUCCGUGCUGGGGUCCCUGCCUCCUACCUGCUGAUUCCUGCAGCUUCCUAUGUGCUCCCAGAGGUUUCUAAGGUGCUGUUGGGAGCUCAUGCACUCCUGGCCAACGGGUCUGUGAUGUCACGGGUAGGAACAGCACAGCUGGCCCUGGUGGCACGGGCCCAUAAUGUGCCAGUGCUGGUCUGCUGUGAAACAUACAAGUUUUGUGAGCGUGUGCAGACUGAUGCCUUUGUCUCUAAUGAGCUAGAUGACCCUGACGAUCUGCUGUGUGAGCAAGGAGAACGUGUGGCCCUGGCUGACUGGCAGAACCACUCGUCCCUACGGUUGUUGAAUCUGGUCUAUGAUGUGACCCCGCCAGAACUGGUGGAUCUGGUGAUCACGGAGCUGGGCAUGAUCCCUUGCAGUUCUGUACCUGUUGUGCUGCGAGUCAAGAGUAGUGACCAGUGAGUGGGUGAACACAGGGUCAAUAAAUGACAUACUCCCUACACU